AUUCUUUCUGCUGCACCGUGCGGCGUGGACGGAGAACCUUCUACCAGCUUCGCUGCAUUAUAAAUCGACCACUUUUAUGUUGUCCACAUAAGCUCUAGGCUUAACCGGAUCCCGAAGUAUAACCUUUUUGUUCUCGUACGCUGAUCAGCACGGUAGCAUCGAGCAAUAACAGACCAACAAUCACAGUCGUUACACGACAAGAGCGAGGACAAAGACGAUAUAUCCUAUCAGAUCCUAUCCUAUCCUAUCCUUCAAUUUCACAGGAGACGAAGGAUAUUAUAGUAACAGCUAGAUCACAAGAACCCUGAUCACUUCCCCCGCUACAUAUCAGAAUCAACACCUGACCAUUAACAAUGGACGGACGCGGACUUCCUCUACUCUCUGGACCACCACCACCACCCGACUCCAGUGAAUCAGCGGAGAUGGGAUGCAGAAAAUGUGCCAAGGAGUUUAAUAUUCUAUUUACUAGGUCAAGGAGGUGUAAUCAUUGUGGAUACGCGUAUUGCCAAAGCUGUACAGACUACCAAGCGCUUAUGCCUCGAGAAUCUUCCUCUGGGUCAUCUGGAUACGAUCCAAUGAACGUCUGUGCGUUUUGUAUUGAAUUUCUACAAAUCACUGCGUCAGGAAAAGGCGCUCUUAAAAACUUACCAUUAGCUAAACUGCGUAAAUACGCCGGAGCGUAUAACAUUCGGAUUGAUCAUGCUGUAGAGAAGGACGAUGUAAUUGAAGCCUUAUUGGCCGCUAGACAACCAAACGGCUGCCUAUCGCCACAGAACGAAUCCUAUUACAGAAGAUACUCAGUCCCCAAUCGUGCAGGACCGGGACAAAGCUCAACUCGGGCGCGAGUACAAAACCUGUUCUCCUCUUCUUCAUCGUUACGCAGUUCCAACAACAACGCAAACUCAGCACCUCCGCCGCCUCCUCCACCACAGCAUACCAGACCAGAGUUCGCAAGACCGGAUUUGGAACCAGAUGGAGGAAGAGAAGAUAGAGGAAUCCCCAUUCGACCCAGGAUGCAGCCGUUUUCAGCUGCUGCAGGAGCUCCACCUCGUAGGAAUACCGCUACGCGACCGCAAUCUACACCAACAGCGUCAGCACCUCGACCGGCCCCUACACCUUCGCCGGAAUUUAGGCCUCAUUCGAACUAUGUUCCUCCUCCUCAACCUUCUUAUUCUUCUUACCCUUCAUAUCCAAGUUCCUAUCAAAAUCCCCAAAAUUCAAAUCCUCCUUCAGCUCCACCUCGACCGCAACAGUACCAUCCAUACGCUUCUUAUACUCCCAACUCUGGUGCUUCCAGGUCUUCUCAUAACCUCCACGUUCCUCCCGGUCAUGUUCCUCCUCGGCCGGGAUCCGUUCCGCCUCGUCAAAGGGCAUCUUCAGCCGCUCCUUCAACACGAACGCCUCCGUCUGCUCCUCCGCCGCCCACACUGGAUCAACUACUCUCUAUGACUACGGAGUCUAUGUCCUCUUUAUCCAUUUCCUCCCUCAAGGCAAUCUUAUUUGCAAAUCAUGUAAAUUCCAGCAUGAUUCUGGAGAAAGGAGAUUUGGUCAGACGGGUUGUGGGGCUUGUAGAGGAUGAGAAAAGAGAGAGGAGAGAACAUGAGGAACGGGAGUUGGAGGAGCAAAGACAGAGAGAAGAGACAGAGAGAAUUGAACGGGAAAGGGAAGAAAGAGAAGAUCAAGAAAGAAUAAGAAUUCAGCAUGAAAUGAUGGAGGCGUUUGAGAGGGAAAAGAGGGAGAGGGAAAGUCGAGAGCUGGAACUCAAUAGAGAGCGAGAAGAAACAGCACGGCGCGAAGAAGAACGAAUAGACGGACUCCAGAGUGACCUGAUGCAGGUAGACAGUGAAUCCGAAUCUCGACAUACGCAUAAUGGCGAACAUAAUCCCAAUCCUACAUCUUCGUCUUCACCACCACCGCCUCCUACUCCACCUAAGACUUCCCCUGCCCCCUCUAAAGCUCCACCCAAAGCUCCAGCUACUGCAGCGUUUGUCGAACGUACAGGCUUGUGCGUCGUCUGUCAAGACGAAGAAGCGAAUAUUGCAAUUGUUGAUUGUGGACACUUAGCAAUGUGUCGCUCAUGCUGCGACGCCAUAAUGCAAUCCACGAGGGAAUGUCCCCUUUGUCGAACAAGGAUCGUCACUGAAGCUAGGCUUCUAAGGAUUUUCAAGGCGUAAUACAUGUUGAGUACUUGUGAUUGGAAUUAGGAUCGGGUUAUGGGAUCGGGUUAUCUUCUUCAAUUGGUUUGCUUUCUUUCAAAUUCAUGUAUCAUGCUUUUCACCUUGUUAAAGGAUAAUAAUGUUAUCUGUAACAUACGAGUAGUCUUUUCAGAUGUAAGUUGCAUUCCUAUGUCGCCCGACAACUACCUCGUGCGGUGAC